UUUAGUUCGUGUAGCGUAAACGCCUUCGUUUGAGUGUCAAGGACACCCCGCUGCGUUCGCGCAGUUUCUGCGGUGGAUGGUCGCCGCACGCGGUCGGCUCGAGUCGCUGGCUGAACUUGGCGCCGCGUUUUAGGGUUAACGCAGCCUGCUAACCACGCUAGCGCUAGCUACUACCAGCGCUGCUGGCGGAGCCGACGUCUGGAAGGGCGGACGAGUUUCUCCCCGGGUUGCCUUACCGUCCCGAGUUCAGCACAAACGCCGCCCCGGCCGCGGAAAGACUCGGGCAACAUGGGGCGGACGCUCGCUGGCUCAAAUGCGGAGAACUAAAGUGGACUGAAGGCAAAGCGGUCUUCAUGGGGGAAAAAGUUAACGCUAAGGAUUAACAACUUCGGAUAAAGUGGAGAACGGCUUCAACUCUAACUCAUUGAGCAAGGAAAUGCUAAAACCUCAGUGAUGGAGUCCACUGUUGUGAGCACGUCUACUUUGGCCCCCGAGGAGUUUGACAGGAAUGUGCCUCGGAUCUGUGGCGUUUGUGGCGACAAGGCGACAGGCUUUCAUUUUAAUGCCAUGACCUGCGAGGGUUGCAAAGGAUUUUUCAGACGCAGCAUGAAGCGUAAGGCCUCGUUUACCUGUCCCUUUAAUGGCAGUUGCACCAUCACAAAGGACAACAGGCGCCACUGUCAAGCAUGUCGGCUUAAACGCUGCGUGGAUAUUGGCAUGAUGAAAGAAUUCAUUUUGACAGACGAGGAAGUCCAGAGAAAGAAGGAUCUAAUCCAGCGCAGAAAGGAUGAGGAGGCUCAGCGUGAAGCAGAGAGGGAGGCACGUCGUCCGCGCCUGACGGACGAACAGACACAGGUCAUCGCCACGCUGGUGGAGGCGCACCACAAAACAUACGAUGACUCCUACUCAGACUUCUGCCGCUUUAGGCCUCCUGUACGUGAGGGCCCAGUGACACGAAGCGCCAGCCGAGCUGCCUCACUUCACUCUCUUUCUGAGGCCUCCUCUGACUCCUUCAGCCACUCACCAGAAUCGGUGGACACCAAAAUGAACUUCAACAACUUGCUUAUGAUGUAUCAGGAGCAGGGCAGUAGCCCUGUAUCCAGCGAGGAGGAGGGCUCAAGCUUGUCCAUGCUGCCCCAUCUUGCUGACCUGGUCUCCUACAGCAUUCAGAAAGUCAUUGGCUUCGCAAAGAUGAUCCCAGGGUUCAGGGAGCUGACAGCAGAGGAUCAGAUUGCCUUGCUCAAGUCCAGUGCCAUCGAGGUUAUCAUGCUGCGCUCAAAUCAGAGCUUCAACUUGGAAGAUAUGUCCUGGAGCUGCGGUGCACCAGACUUCAAAUAUCAGAUCAGCGAUGUCACCAAAGCGGGUCACACUCUGGAGCUGCUGGAGCCGCUAGUGAAGUUCCAGGUCGGUCUGAAAAAGCUCAACCUGCACGAGGAGGAGCAUGUGCUGCUGAUGGCCAUCUGCUUGCUUUCUCCAGACCGGCCAGGAGUCCAGGACCACACCAGGAUUGAAGCCUUACAAAACAGUCUUUCAGAGACACUGCAAGCCUACAUCCGGCUUCAUCACCCGGGAGGAAGACUUCUGUACGCCAAGAUGAUCCAGAAGCUGGCCGACCUGCGCAGCCUCAACGAGGAGCACUCCAAACAAUACCGCUCGCUCUCCUUCCAGCCUGAGCACAGCAUGCAGCUCACCCCUCUGGUGUUGGAGGUGUUCGGCAGCGAGGUCUCCUAGUGAGCGGCCCCCCACCUGAUUGAUGCAGAAGCUGACCAGAUGGAUUGUGGCAGUAUAAAUGGAGGUGUGGAGUGUUAAGAAAGUUGAAGAGGAAAGUGCUGAGGUGUGUGAGCACACGUCUCUGUGUACCUGUAUUGUCUGAAGAAGCCCAUAUGGAGAGAAGGCAGAUGUUAAUGGUAAAUAAGGGAACUGAAAUACAAUUAGCUACAUAUACAUAUAUAUAUAUAUAUACAUAUACAUAUACACAUAUAUAUGCAUUAUACGUGUGUAUGUACAAAUAUGAUUAUAGUCUUUAUUUUCCUGUAUUUAAUUUAACAAAAUGCUGCUUCAAGUAUCUGGACAUUUAUUUUUUUGCUUGUGUAUCUCUACACAACAUUCUCAGUUAUACAUUUUAGUUGAGCUACCUCUUGGUUUUACUGGGGUUAUUUUAUAUUUGCAUCACCUCUGUGAAACGAUAACUUUUACAAAGCAAAGCUACAGAUACAAGUACAUUUCAGAACAUCAGUUCAAAAGCAGUGCCUGCACACUUGUGUUCAAUGGUUGUCUCAAGAACCCUUGUGUUUUUUUUUUUUAUUCAUCUGCCUCUCUCCAUGGCAGCAUACGUAUAAUGACGUUUGUGUAUGCUCUUCAAACACAUGCCGUCACCUUUAACCAAAGGUAUGGUCGAGAACUUUCUCUGAAGUUUGAGUACCUUCAAACAACUUUGACUCUCUACUCAUGCAGCUGCUAAAACAUGCUAACAAUCUGCCUUUCUGACCUCACAGCCCAUGAAAGAAAAUGUCUGCUUAGAUUUGACGUACAGAGUACAGAAUGUAAUCUGUAAUUUAGCUCGGUUUCCAUUUGAUUUUUUUAUUUUUUAUUUUUUUUUUGGGUGCCUGGUUUUGAGUUGAGAGUUAGCCACUAUGUUCUAGGUAUUUUACGUUUCUAUCAAUCAGUCUAUGCCACCUGUCUGGUGGGUAAUUCUUUUCCCCUUGUAAAUAGAUAGCUGAUACCAUGUGUAUUAUGAGCACUGUUAUAUGACAUUUUACUUCAGACUGCGUUGAAAUAUACAGAUUCUAUAUGAUCACAGAUUUUAAAGGGCUAAAAUGCCAAAUCUAGCUGGAAUAGGAAAAGGAGCUCAAACAAGAAGUUUAACUUGUUGAUGUAAAAGCAGCCUGCCAUGCUUGGAAUUGGCUUCUUUAUGGAUCUAAUUGCUGUGGAUUCUUUGCUAUUGUUAUUUUUUUUAAGUCAUUUAAACAAUUCCAUGAAUUGUUCCUCCGACAGUGAGUUCAUUGGGUUCAGACCUCCACAUCUGUCGCAUCCAUAGCGAUCACACCUCUUUCUUUGUUGACUGGGAUUUUCUAGAAUGUUGAUGGCAACAUCACCCAGCCUCACCUGAUCGAUGAUUUAUGCUGCGUAGCCCCCUGCAGGCUGUGUAAAUACCAGAAUUAUAUCUAACUUGCGUACUGGAAGCUUAUGUACAUAGGGCUACAUAGAUCUUUCUCUAGGCAAAUUUCUUUCCACGCGAGAAAAUAUAUAUGCAAGUAUAAUAUUGAUCCUUUAUUUUGUUGUUGAUUUGUAAUGACUAUGUUUCCUGGGAAGUUUGAGAUGGAAUUGGCAUCAACAGGGCUCGAAAAUUUUUCAUUUAUUUUUGUUUUCCAGGUGUCUAACUAGUCGGUAUUACUUUAAGAAACACUAACUCAACAGUGCUGCUCUCUCUUAAAAGCCAUACACAGCAGAUCCACACAGUUUCUACCACUGGUGUACAGGUUUAUUGAUGAGUGCAAAGGUGUUGACACUCUCACCCCUGAUUGUGUUGUGUUCAACUUGUUUGCCUUCUCGCUGUUGUCGACCAUCUUUGGUUUCGCUUCAUCUCACACUUUGCUGUGGCAUUUGGCCCAUCCAUGAAAUCAUUCUAUGUGCUUCAUGUUUGGACUACGUCCAAAUGACUAAGUAACUGACAGGAUUUCGUGCCGUUAGUGUUUUAAAAAUUAUAUUCUGAUACUGAUUCAGAAAACCACAGCAGAGGAGAACAACAAAGGAGUCCUGAAGGACAGUCAUAUAUUCCAUUUAGAUAUUGAUCUUAAAAUAAAUCCACAAUCGGGCACAUGGUGUUUGUGGAAGUGAUUUGAGUUUGUGAUGUAUUGAAGUGCUUUUCAGGCCACUGUUGUGGGUAAGAGCGGGUGUUGUUUGUUGGUCUGCUUUCAUUACGGUCAAAAAUAGAAACAGAAUGAGGAUACCUCAUAAGAAUAUCAUUUACAUGAAAUUAUUUUAUGAAUGUAACAGAUUUAUCUACAUCAGAUUCAAAACCCAAAAGGUAUCGAGCAUGCUGCCAGAGGCUUAUCAUUUAUCAAUGAGCCACGUGACUGGAUGAGCUAUAAGCAAUCAAAUAGCUGAGGUUUAGAACUUGUGCAUGUUGGGCUGCAGUUGAGCUGUUGUCGGUCAUUGGUCUCUAAAAUUGCUGUGAGAAAUGUGUGUUGCUUAAACUGAAAUUGCAACCACAACAGCCCCCAAUUGCCUUCUGAAGAGAAAUAAGAAAAGAAAAGGGCACAUCAUUCAGGUGUCAUUGUUAACCCUUUAAGCGCCAUCCUCCUGGCUGGCAACAAGUCAAGCUGCAAAUAUGGAGCCUGGUGUAGUUGCGAUUUUACUCCAGUAGGUGGCACCUGUAACUGCAAUGAGCAGCAUUUGUGGCCAUGGUUGUAUAUCAAAGUUUUAGAGUUUGAAAACCACCGCAGGGUAGUUGUACUUACAUGGUAGGGGAGUAAUAAAGUGUUAAUACCUAUCUGAGUCAGUCAAAUCCACUCACUGAUGGCGUUGUGAAUCGCAACAGUGGUGUUCACAGUACCGCUGUAAAUGACAGUGAUGAUGCCCUGCCACCAUCAUCAACAUCAUUGUUGCUUGAGAGAUGAGGAAGAAUAUCACUGAUGGAUCAGAUAGAAGUUCUGUAGUUUAUCAUAAUAUACCAAUUAGAGGAGUGAAUGUACUCCAAACCUGUUCUAUUGCACCGUAUGCCUUCAUCUCAAACACUUUUUAAGCUACACCCUGUUGAAAUAGUGCUAUCAAAGUUGAAUAUUUAAUUGGAGAAUCUCUGGCGCCUAAACGGUGAGAAGGCCUUUGUGUGAUGAUAACUCAGCCCAAAGACCUUUUUAGCUGCGACAUCGUAGGGUGUAUUUGUAUUUCCUUGCUGAUCCCUGUCCUGGAAUUCCUUGUUUAUCUAUUUACCCAGCUGAAUAUUUUAAGUUUAAAAAUUCAAAUGUGAAUAUAUUGCUCAUUAUUAUUGUGAACAGGACCUUGCAGAAAUUAUUAUUUAAUUAUUUUGAAAUUAAAUGCACGUGGAAAAAAUGUACUGCAUAUAUGGUAUUAAAAAAUGGGCAGCAGCCUCUAUCUCUCCAUGGUCACGUCGCCCUAAAGAGGGAGGUUUGGGGAUCCCCACUGAAAUGAUGUCCCAGCAACAAAUAGAUUUAGAAGUUGAUACUUCAGUUCUGUGGACUUUCCCGAAUCAUUCACUGUAAUACCAUGCCAAUUAACAGCAGAGUCGACACUCAUAUUAUUUUUGCUGUAAUACCAGAUUUCCAUUUUCCAGGAAAUGUUUUGAAUGUUGUGUGAAUACACAAACUGUCCCUGCUGUGAGAGGAUCUGUGAGGCGGUACCACUCGUGUGUAGUAUGUCGGUGCAGUUUUAUCAGGUGUAUGAUGUGCUUAGUUACUGAACACUGACUUUUAAAGUUGUGAAAACUUUUUGGAAUACAUGUAUUCAGAUGUGAUUUCUGCUUUUUAAGGAGCAGAGAUGAUGGUAUUGAUUUGUUUGUUCAGUGACGAUGGUGAACAUGCGUAAGUGACAGGAAGCGUUCCCUUCACAAAAGAGCAGGGUAAAAAACGAUGUUGGUCGGUUUAAACCUGAGGUGUUGGCCUUUUAUCACUGCACCAGGCAGAUGUUUGUAAGUUUUUAUUUCCUUCCUCGUCUGACAUGCAUUGUUGAGUGCGUAGGUGACUAGUGUUUGUCUUUACUUCUCAGUUUGUGAUGGAAGUCUGCUUAUUCGUAGUGGUGGUGUGCAGAGUGAAGUUUGGCUCUGCGACCUCGGACUAGAUCCACUACAAGUAUUUACCCUCUACCUUUGCAAAAGAACUCAAUAAGCUGCAAUAUACAAUACACUACAUCACCUUACACUAUCACCAGCAAGCUUUACAGGUAUUGGGUUUACUACCUUUCUGUUCAACAUUUAAUCAAGUUUGUAAAUGACAUUUAUCACUCAGAAAGCUGUAGGCCAUCUCUCUUGGAAAGACUCGUGGGUCUUUCUUUUUUGUUUUCUCCCAUUAGGACGGGGAUUGUAAUGGAAUCAACUUAAUGUAGUUCUUAAAAAAAAAACAAAAAAAACAAAAAAAAAAGAGUGUCCACAAUGGAUGUACACCGUAAUCUACCUAAAAAAAACCUACCUCUUUUAGCUCAGAUUUUUGCUUUAGCAUUAAGCAUUUGCCUGUUUUUACUUUUGUAAUAUUUGUAUUCAUGUUGGUAUUUAUUGCUAUCUAAUGAGUCAUACUUCAAUGAUUACCUCAGAGAUAUCUCAAAGAUUUGGGAGAGUCCAGAUAAUGAAGUCAUUCAUAUUUUUCUUUCUUUUUUGUACAGUUUUUCAUUGCCUCUUUUUUCUUUUCUCUCUUUUACGCACAAAAUACCGGGAGUGUUUUUCAUAUAGUGCCUGCACUCUGACCAAUGGGGCCCAGAUUGGCAUUAGGGAGGCUGCACUCGCUCCAAAACUCCAAACCCUAAGCUCACAACUUUAUCCCGUUAUAUAUUUUUUGCCUGCGAGGAAAUAAAUCUUCUUACAGAUGUCUACUUUAAUCUAAUGAAGUGCUCAAGAGCAAAGCGAGGAGAAGAAUGCUGGAGUCAGGGCAGCCUUUUUUGGCAGGAAUUCAGUGAGUUUCAGCUCCACCUGGUACUCUUCGUGUGGCUUUAGCUCUGCUCUACACCAACCUUAAAGGCUGUCUGUUCCCCCACGUCACCCCACUCUUUCCAGAUCGCUGCAUCUUCACCCCCAUCAUUCCCUGCCACCUACCUGUCAAGCACACUGACUGAAAGGGUUCCUUCCCUCUUAUCCAUGUAGUGCUGCUGCUUUCCUUACCAUCACUAAUUUAUUGACAUUAUGACGUGAGCAGUAUUGGCUCUCUACUGGCCUCUCUGAAAGAUUGUGUACUUUGACAUGUACACGAUCAGACACGAUUAUUCUAUUAUGUUAUUGUCAAACUGCUUCAGGUGAACACUGAAUUAAAUUUGAAGCCUGUUCUUUGGAGUUCAAUGGUGAGUACCAAGGGAAGGUGUUGCCAUGGUGACAGCUUUGCUCGUGUGUGUGUGCCAUAUGACCCUUUUUAAAGCUGGGGAAGGGUCGCCAUGCUUCAGAGAAGCUGAUGCCCUGGCUUCAUUUGAAUGCAACGGUUAUCCAGGGUGGAGAUUGGCUCAUGAUUUAGAAACCUGCCUGCCAUUGUGAACCUUUUAUACAAGUGAAUUAGGCAUAAAGUUGCCCUUGUGGUGUGAAGCCAAAUCAUGCCUCAUUCGAUUCAAAUGCCUGAACCAACGUAAGCACUUAUUUGUAACCCUUAGCCAUAAACUGCCGGUCGCUGUCGGCGUCAUGUGGCUGCAAUUAUUUAAUUAAAAAUUGUCACCUAAAUUUUAAUCUUAUUGCAUUAUGUUCUGUUGUCUUUUUUUUCUCAAAGAUCUUUUUCUAUUAAAAUCUGUGUUUAUGUAAUUUUUGUCAGAUGUUUUUCAAAUCAAAAUAAAACGGUUGUACAUA